AUGACCGAACUAGAGUGCCCCGAGGACGACCGCUCUGUCGAGCUGUCUUCCAUCGCCGCCAUCUUCCCGGAGAUACAGAUACAACCUGGGUCACCUUUCAAGGCCGCGCUUGAACUGCCGGUAGUCCCAUCGUCACCGAUCUCUGUCUAUUUUCAACAGCCAAUCGAUGUCGCCCUCAACGCCACCAUUACCCCUCCGACUUCCUUGGAUGAAUCCAAAGGAGAGCUCGACCAGCUGCCUGUUAAGGACGUUCAUAUCCUGACUUAUUUACCUCCGCUAAAACUCGAAAUCGAACUACCCGAGGGCUAUCCUAUAGAGAAGCCACCAAUCGUUCAUCUGACAACCGUUCCCUCAUGGCUGCCCGCCUCGGUUAUCGAUCGGUUAUCUGACGACUGCCGCCGACUUUGGGAGGAAUGUGGAAAUGAUCUGGUCGUUUACACUUAUAUUGAUCAUCUGCAACAACUGGCGGAGACAACAUUCGAUAUUCAAUCCGCGUCGGGGGAAGUGUGCUUAUCGCGAGAUCUGAAAGUGGCGCUAUUGGACUUCAAUAUAAAAGCGGAACAAGAGAAGUUUGAACAGGGAACUUUUGAAUGCGGAGUUUGCCUCGAACCAAAGAAGGGUACGCUUUGUUAUCGAUUGCUGCGCUGCUCCCACGUUUUCUGUGUCAGUUGUCUGCAAGACUUCUACGGUACCUGCAUCCACGAGGGCGAUGUAGAUAGUGUAAAAUGCAUGGCACCGGACUGCGAGCUCAGCAAGAGACCUGCACAGGGCGAUGGCCAAACACCACGCCGCAAAAAGCGCGAUCCUAGCAUUGGACCUAGCGAGCUCUUGCAGAUCCCAUUGCCUCCGGAGGCAGUUCAGCGAUAUGUCUUCCUCAAGCGCAAGAAAAAGAUCGAAGCCGAUAAGAACACUGUUUACUGCCCUCGAGAAUGGUGCCAGGGAGCAGCACGAUCCAAGCGUCACCCGAAACCCGAAGACCCAAUGACCGAUGACUUGGAGAUUUCGGAUGAUGAAGAUGGAUUUGAUCCUCUCGGUCCCGAAGACCAACUGCCUCCGAUGGCAGAACGCGUAGCUAUCUGUGAAGAUUGCAACUAUGCCUUCUGCUCCGUUUGCAAGAAAGGUUGGCACGGAGAACUAAUUCGUUGCUACCCACGCCGUGCAGGUGAGAAAACAGAAGAAGAAAAGGCAACAGAGGAAUAUCUGCGCCUAUACACAUCUCCGUGUCCCACCUGCAAUGUGCCCUGUCAAAAGCAAAUGGGUUGCAACCAUAUGCGCUGUUUCCAGUGUGAUACCCACUUCUGUUACCUCUGCUCAAGCUGGCUGUCCGCGGACAAUCCCUAUCAACACUUCAACACUCUGGAGAGUAAAUGCUAUAACCGGCUUUGGGAUCUGGAAGGGGGCGAUGGUCUCAAUCCAGACGGAGCCGAAGCACUUCACCGCAUUCCCGAAGCGCUUCUGGUCUUUGACGAUCCACCGCCAGCAAUUAUCCACGAGGAGGCCGAAGAAAGCGACGAGGAUCGCCCUGCAUUCGAAUUUGAUAAUGAUGAAGACGACCUGCACGGCCACCGACAUCCACCUCCACCCGCCCCAGUCCCACCCCGCGUCAAUGCCGGUGGUCGACGACCCGGUCGACAAGAUCAUGCAGCAGCCCGCGCCGCAGCAGCCGAGCGCCGAGCUCAAGCUCGUGCAAUGGCCGAGGUCAGACACCGCAACAACCGAGACGGACCUCGGAGGCCUGUCCGAUGGGCAGAUAUCCCCCCAGCUCCUCCACAUAACCAAGGCCCUCUGGGUUAUCUGGGCCCACCUCUCAAUAAUGAUGAUGACGAACCUCAUGCAUGGGACAAUAACCACCCUGGCCAACGACAGGAGGACGAAGCUCGUGCUGGCCUCCAACGCUUUCUAGCCCUUGUGCAAAAUGAUCGCGAGGAUGAAUGGGAUAGCGAUGAGCUGAACGAUGAAUUCUGA